AUUUCAGAGGCAACUUGGAGAACUUUAAUUUUGAUAAUGGGAGGCUCUAAGGAAAGCAAUAAUUAUGUAUUCUCGAAACCAUUUCCUACUUUAAAAGUUACUGCAAUGAAUGAAACAUUAUCACAAGCUGUAGUUAACUUCAAAGAGCUGGUGUCGGAAUUUGAACAGUUACAUUUAGAGAAUAUAAACUACCAGAAGCUUUUACAUGAACAAAAGGAAAAAUUGGAGAGCCAAAGCUGUAGCAGCUGCGAUGAAUUAAGAAAGGCUGUUGCGACAAAGGAACAAAUUAUAGACUCUAUUACCUCAGCUUUAAAUAAAUUAACUCAAACUAAAGACUUUAACCUAAUAGAAGUAAUACUCAAACAAAUUUACUGUGAUACAACAAUACUAACUCCCCCUAAAAGUGUAUCACCACAGAAAGAAAACAAUCCAAAUGUUGUCAUAAAAGAAGAUACAAAAGAAAAGAACUUCGAAAGUACUUUUAAAAGUCCAAAGAAAGAAGUGGAAGAUCAAAUAUGCAAAGAUGAAUCCGUUACAGAGAUUGAAGGAACCCCAACGGGUCGGAAAAGUCCAAUAUUCCAGAGCAAAAAGAAAACCAAACCUCAUAGCUCUUUAAGCUUAAAAGAUAAUAAAAAGAAAUGUUCUGACUCGUGGUCGAGUCCGGAAAGUAAGGCAAUAAAGCUAAUAUACCCCUCUCCGAUGCAAGGCAAGCCGGGCGGCAGGCUGAGGCAAGGCAGACUGAGCUUUGUGAAGAUCAAGACCUGUCAAGUGGUCGACCUCACUUGCUCCCCAGAGCAUGGCCGGGAAAUCCAACCAAACAACGAAAAUAACCAACAGAAAGAAGUAAUAGAUAACGAUGAAACAAUACUGCCAUCACCUACAAGUGGGCCUGUCAAACUUCCCUCACUAUAUAAAUCUAUGGCAAAGGAUAGUCCAACGAAAUUCAAAAAGCCGCCGCUAAUAUCAAAAUUCAAAAUGGAAUCUGAAACAGAUGACCAUAAUAUUGUUGAACAGAAAGAUGUGAUCAAUAAUAAUGGGGGAAACAUUGAAAAUUCUAUUAACCUAUUAAACCAAUAUCCAAAUAGAUUCAAAUCCCCAGUGAAAAGAGAGAACAUGGACAAUGAGGCACAGUGCGGAGACGAAAGCAUAUCGCUGUUGCAACAUAACAUGAAGAAAAUUGACUGUAGGAAUAACAAGCAAGACAAUAGCCCAAGCAAGCGUCCGCUAGCUGAGAACGUGAAUAUAACGAACACGCAACACCACGUGGCCAGCCCAUCCCUGCUGCAGGAGCCUGGACCUAGUGGCAUAGACAAAAAGUCCAAUGAUGAUGUGAAACGGGUAAAGACAAACAUGGCUCCUGUGUACAAGGAACCAACUGUGCGGAAGAAAGCGGAAAAACGUGCUCUGCCCGGCUGGAGCUGCGACCAAUGCAGAAUCUUCUACGACGAGCUGUACAAAAACGACCCGGAGAUGCUGGCAAAGCUGAUGGAGGAGUGCUCCAAGCACCGCGGCCGCACCAACCCCGUGCGGCCCAGCACGCCGGGCGGCUUCUGGGAGCCCCGCUGGGACGUGCCGGAAGACACCGAGGAGUUCAAUAGGAGGAACAAUGCUGUUUGAUACAUCCUGUAUGCACCGCGGCCGCACCAACCCCGUGCGGCCCAGCACGCCGGGCGGCUUCUGGGAGCCCCGCUGGGACGUGCCGGAAGACACCGAGGAGUUCAAUAGGAGGAACAAUGCUGUUUGAUACAUCCUGUAUGCACCGCGGCCGCACCAACCCCGUGCGGCCCAGCACGCCGGGCGGCUUCUGGGAGCCCCGCUGGGACGUGCCGGAAGACACCGAGGAGUUCAAUAGGAGGAACAAUGCUGUUUGAUACAUCCUGUAUGCACCGCGGCCGCACCAACCCCGUGCGGCCCAGCACGCCGGGCGGCUUCUGGGAGCCCCGCUGGGACGUGCCGGAAGACACCGAGGAGUUCAAUAGGAGGAACAAUGCUGUUUGAUACAUCCUGUAUGCACCGCGGCCGCACCAACCCCGUGCGGCCCAGCACGCCGGGCGGCUUCUGGGACCUGCCAGAAGACGUCGAGGAGUUCGAUAGGAGCAUAAACUAGUUCUGAAUAUUAUUUGAGGAGCUGACGAACAAAACGGUGAUUACAUUUCUGGCCGAAAUACUUUUUUUUUCUUUAAUUUGGACUUUUUUGGCCCACUGAAUACAAAUCUGAACUCAUUUCCAAGCUAAACUGCCUAAAACUACUAAAUUGAGUAUAAAGUUCAUGAUUUCGAUUUUCGAUCACUGACAACUUGAAUUCAUUUCCAAACAAAUCUGCCUAAAACUGCGCUAAAAUUGGAUCCAAAGUUCGUGCUUUCGAUCAAAACUGUAUAAUUACAGUUCAGAUAGUUUUAUUUCGUUUUCUGCUUCUGUAUCGUGCAAUUACACCGUUUUGUUUGCCAACUCCUCAUUUCAUGUAAGGAAAUAAGUUUCGAAUCUUAAUCUUUGUAAGUACUCAGCGUCAUUAUCACUUGAAAUUUUCUAAAAAGCAACAUUACACUAAUUUUACAGUGCAGUUUAUGUGUUUGAAAGACGCUUGACCUACCCACAGCUUUCACAUUCCUCAAAACCUUACCCAAUUGUAUGAUAGUUAAACUGUGGUUUUUGUG